AUGAAGCUCCUCAAGCAAUACAACCAUUAUCACUACUACAAUUACGCCAAGGAAUACGAGUUUUCAGCUUCGAGCACGCCUCUGUUUGGGUUUCAGAGGAAGAAUAUAGGCAGAGUCAGUCUUAAAAAGUUGUACUCUGAUUUUUCAAUGUUUUCCAAAUGUUUGGGCAGUUUUGGAGGUGAAGAGAAUGAUAAGAUGUAUUGCUUAGAGAAGGACCGAGAAUGGACGGCCGAGAUUGGUUCGUCGGAUGAUGAAUCGGUGGAUGAGAGGGCUGAGAGUUGUGGUGUCGUAAAGACCUCCGACCGGCUGAAACGAGCCAAUAACACCUGGAACUCGAACGGAUCACCGGUUGAACGUCCUCGAACCUGCAAAAUUUUCACACUAGAAGAGAUUUCUGGUGAAGAGCUUCCGAUGCUUAAGGAGAAGAUACCUUGGGGCCCAAGUCGGGCGCGUGAGCUGCCUCGGUUGUCAGAGGCGAUUAUGAGCAGUGGACCACUCAGUAUCGACAUGGCGGAAAGGAGAUCGGAAUUUCAGGUCUACAAUAGCAUGACGAAGCAGAAAGAGACGUUCAAGCCGAGGGUCGAGGGCAAAGUCGGAAUGUACGUCUGCGGCGUCACCUCCUACGACCUCAGCCAUAUCGGCCACGCGCGUGCCUACGUGGCGUUCGACGUUCUCUACAGAUAUUUGAAACAUUUGGGCUAUGAGGUUGUUUACGUCCGCAACUUUACUGAUGUUGACGACAAGAUUAUCCGAAGAGCGAACGAGGUUGGGGAAGAUCCAGUAGCAUUGAGUGGCAGGUUUUGCCAAGAGUUCCUUAGUGACAUGGCUGAUCUCCAGUGCCUUCUGCCAACUCACCAACCGCGUGUUACUGAUCAUAUGGAGCAAAUCAAGGACAUGAUAGCACAGAUUAUUAGCAAUGGUUGUGCGUAUGCUGUAGAUGGCGACGUUUACUUCUCGGUCGACAAUUUCCCCAAUUACGGUACUCUAUCCGGACGCAAGCUAGAAGACAACAGGGCUGGCGAACGGGUUGCAGUCGAUGGUCGAAAACGAAAUCCUGCAGAUUUUGCCCUGUGGAAGGCUGCAAAGCCAGGGGAGCCCCAAUGGGAGAGCCCGUGGGGCCCAGGGAGGCCAGGCUGGCAUAUAGAGUGCAGUGCCAUGAGUGCCCACUAUCUAACGCAUGCUUUUGAUAUUCACGGUGGUGGGAUGGACUUGAUAUUCCCACACCAUGAGAAUGAAAUUGCCCAGAGCUGUGCUGCUUGCUCAGAGAGCAGAGUUAGUUAUUGGUUGCAUAACGGUUUUGUCACAGCCAAUGAUGAGAAAAUGUCCAAGUCUUUGGGAAACUUUUUCACCAUUCGCGAGGUUACAAAGUUGUACCAUCCGCUUGCGCUGAGGUACUUCCUGUUGGGGACCCACUACCGUUCCCCGGUCAAUUAUUCAAUAUCACAGAUUGAAAUUGCAUCGGAUUCGGUUUUCUACUUGUAUCAGACUUUGCAAGACUCUGAAGAUGCUUUGUCGGAAUCAAAAGAAGAGAUGAUGGAAACAAAUGCAAAACCUGCACGUAUGGGCUCUGAUGCACAAGAGUUCAUCAACAAGCUGCGGAAAGAGUUUGAGGCGAAACUGGCGGAUGAUUUGCACACACCCACCAUUCUGACUUCUUCUCUUCAAGAAGCCUUGAGAUUUAUAAAUACUUACCUAACCAAGCUGAAGAAAAAGCUGCCAAAGCAACAAAAAUUAUCUUUUCUUAAGGGCCUCGAGGAGCUCCAGAAGGAAGUCAAACAAGUCCUAGAUGUUCUUGGCUUGCUUUCUAGUUUAAGUUAUGCUGAGGUUUUGGGACAACUGAAAGACAAGGCUUUAAAGAGGGCAGGCAUAACUGAAGAGGAGGUUUUGCAGUCGAUCGAAGAAAGAAUGUUAGCACGGAAGAAUAAAGAGUUUGAGAAAAGUGAUCAAAUAAGGAGUGAUCUUGUAGCUAAGGGAAUUGCUUUAAUGGAUCUCGGAAAAGACACAGUUUGGAGGCCUUGUGUGCCUGCUCAACAAGAACAGAAGGGCGUGCCAGCUCAGCACGAGAAUUUACCUGCCCCAGCUGCAAAGGGCCCACCGCCAGUCUUAUCGGCCGAUAAAUGAAAGUAUGCAGUAUAACUUAUUACCUAACCUGUGAACUUGUUAAGUCUAUAUAUAACUCUUCAUGAUUAGAUAUACAUGCGACUUUUGAGUUUCGCUCUUUAACUUGUUUGACCAUUGGUAUACAAAUUUGUUUCAUGGCUUGGACCCGUUUGGGAAGCUGGUGAAGAAGUUAAAAUUUUUUUUCUUCUUUUUUUUUUUU